AUGUCGGCAUUACCGAAGCAAAUUUUCCAUCGAUUGCAAGAUGAUAAGGAGAUAGAAAUUACUAUUAACAAGUUCAAAAAUGUAACGGAUUAUGGCGGACAAAGAAUAUUGGAUAUCCUGUUGAUAUGCUCGCAGCGUUUUAAAGAGGAACGUUUCGAGAGUUGUUUACAACUAGCCCAAUGUGUUCUUGAUAUUGUCUGGGAAAUGCUCAAUACUGGUGAUUGGAAGGAAGUACCUGUGAUAUGGAGAAAGGUUUAUACUUAUGGAGCAAUUUAUAAAGCUGCAGCCUACUAUGCUAUGGGAAAGUUGGAACAGUGCAUACAUGCUUCAGAUUAUGGCCUGCUUAUGGGUGCUCCGAUAUUAGAUAAUAUCUUGAACGAUAUUAUAUCAGCAGCCGCCGCACGCAUACAUCCAUGCAAACAGACUACGAGCAUUGAUGACGCUCUUGCUAAUGCUGGUGAUCAUCACCGUAAUGACGAUAUCGAUCCUCAAAGGCAAAUUACACAAUUAAGUUGUCCUUCAUUGGACUACUUUAGAAAACAUUAUUUCUGUACGAAGGAGCCUGUAAUACUAACUGAUGUUAUUGAUCAUUGGCCAGCUUUAGGAGCUAGAAGAUGGAGCAUACAACGCUUAAAAGAUAUUGCUGGCCAUAGGACAGUGCCAAUUGAAAUCGGAACUAGAUAUACUGACGAUAGUUGGACGCAAAAGCUGAUGCCAUUAUCUAAGUUUAUCGAUGAGUUCAUUACUAUGGAAUCCAAUCAGGAAUCCGGUUAUCUUGCACAACAUCAACUUUUUGAACAGAUUCCAGAACUAAGAACAGACAUCUGUGUUCCAGAUUAUUGUUGCAUUAUUGACGACAACAACGACGACGUAGAUGCAACAGUUUUAACAAAUGCUUGGUUUGGGCCUCAAGGCACAAUUUCUCCGCUUCAUCAUGAUCCAUAUCAUAAUUUAUUCGCUCAGGUUAUGGGUAGAAAGUACAUACGUUUGUAUCCUGAGCAUGAAUCUGAGAAUGUGUAUCCAUAUCCUACUAAGCUGUUAUCAAAUACUAGUCAGGUGGAUGUGGAAUUUCCUAAUUUUGAAAAUUAUCCGAAUUUCGCGAAUGCUGAGUAUCUAGAAUGCAUCAUAGAGCCAGGACAAUUACUUUAUAUUCCGCCCCGUUGUUGGCAUUAUGUGCGGUCUUUGGAUAUUAGUUUUUCUGUUAGUUUUUGGUGGUGA